CAAAAGCAGAAAAUCAAACACAGAUUAAUAGACCUAAAGAAACACAAACAAAAUAUAAAUCCAAUUCUCAUUAGGUUUAGGGUUUCAAAGUCCAAUCACAAAUUUUUCUUCCCAUCUGAAUCCCCAAAUUUUCACAAAUGCGACGCAAUUGCUGCCAUAUUUCCUUAGCAUUCGUGCUGAAAUUGUUGAAUUUCCUUCAAGCUUUCGUUGGGGUUUCGAUCAUAGUCUACUCAGUAUGGAUGCUCAACCAGUGGAAUCAUCACAUUCCCAUAUCACCACCAUCACCAUCACCACCAGCACCUUCAGCUCCAUCUCCAUCUUCAUCUUCAUCUUCUUCUUCUGUAUCCCUUUUCUUCGAUUCUAGUUCUGACCAAGCUAGGGGUUUCAAACUCGAGGUCGAGGCCGAUAUGGUUUCCGGAUUCGAUGGCGGGUUCGGGUUUGAGACCGAUUUCACUUCCUUCCAGCUUCCCGCUCCUUGGUUCAUCUACUCUUUUAUGGGAGUGGGCAUUCUCUUGUGUUGCCUAACUCUCGUAGGUUGCAUUGCAGCUGAAUUAAUACAUGGCUGCUGCCUGUGUUUUUAUACUAUCCUCAUCACUGUACUCAUACUACUAGAAGCGGCUUUGGUGGCAUUUAUUGUGAUUGAUCGUCAAUGGGAAAAGGAUCUUCCAUUUGAUCCGACUGGUGAACUUGAGAGCCUUCGAUCUUUCAUUGGUGAAAAUAUUGAUAUCUGUAAAUGGGUUGGUAUUGCUGUGGUUAUAAUUCAGGCAUUAUCUCUACUACUAUCAAUAGUGUUACGAGCCAUGGUUUCUACUCAGAGAACUGACUUUGACUCUGAAGAUGGCUAUGAUGGUAGGGGUAGAACUUGGGAGCCCCUGCUAAAUUCACAAUCAAGCCAACUAUCUGGGUCAACCAAGGGUGACGGCAGAGGGACUCAAUCGGACAUGUGGAGCACACGAAUAAGGGAGAAGUAUGGAUUGAGCACAAAUCAGAAUGCAUCAGUGAGCACAAACUCAAGGCAGUGAAGACUAGAGAACGUUGUCGGGGCAUUUAAAGAAAGCAGUAUGCUCUGCUCUUUGUUGAUACCAGAGUAUAUAUCAUUGCUUUUUACAUUUCACAUUCUUUGACUUUCUUAAAGAGUGGUGUAUAUAGUCAUUUGAAGAUGUGUGCUGGAUUGCUAAUGUCGUCUGAGGGGAAUCCUGAUUGGGUGUAUAAUUUCUGUGAAACAAUAAAGCUUGAGAGGUUCUAACGUCUAAUGUGUGAUGUAUCAACCCUGUUUCAUUUGUUUACUGAAAUAAGAAAGAUAAUUGUUGCAAAAUUGU